AUGACUUUCCAUAUGAAGAGGGAUAUUUUCAUCCUGGUCUUCUUGUGUUCUUUGCUCAGUUCUCUUAUGGCAGGUCAUGGUGUUGAAAGCGACAUUUACUGCUUAAAAUCCAUUAAGGAUUCACUGGAAGAUCCGUUUGGUUACUUAUCAAGCUGGAACUUCAACAACAAAACCGAAGGUUUCCUAUGCAAAUUUAUUGGCAUUAUAUGUUGGCAUCCUGAUGAGAAUAAAGUGUUAGGUAUCUCUCUACAAGACAUGGGGUUGAAGGGUCAGUUUCCACGGGGCAUUCGGAAUUGCUUGUCAUUAACAAGCUUAGACCUUUCACAAAACAACCUCACAGGACCAAUCCCUUUGGAUAUAUCCACAUUACUCCCUUUUGCUACCUCCAUAGAUCUCUCACUCAACAAAUUUAAUGGGAAUAUUCCACCUACUUUCUCUAAGUGCCGUUACCUCAAUUCUCUUCGGCUUGAUAACAACAAUUUAAGCGGUCAGAUCCCCCAUGAACUUGGCCAACUUCCCAGGAUUAAAUCAAUUUCUUUUGCCAACAAUCAAUUAUCAGGGUCGGUGCCUUUGUUCUUCUCACGCUCAACUUCUGUUGAUUACGCCAAUAAUGGAGAGCUUUGUGGUGGGCCUUUGCCACCUUGCUCAUUGGACACCUCAAACGAUUUCCCUCAGUCGUUCAGGCUGGGUCUUACUGUUGGCUAUUUUUUUUCAGUGACUUUUGUUAUUGUCAUUUACUUCUCCUACUGUGCACCUCGGGAACACUCAAAGCAUGAAAGGAACAAGAACCGGAAAAAGGCUAAAGAAUUCGGCAAAUACUUUUGGUCCUAUCCUGGGAGAAAGACACAAACUCUAGCUCUAGCUCACGCCAAACACGAAUUGCAACCUCUGCAGUUGCAAGAGAAAACCAUCCACGAGGUACUUUCUAUCCCUACCUGCUUGCUAUCUUGGGUUCAGAUUUCUUUAGUUUUCAAGAUUUGGGUAUUCAGAUUGAUUUAA